AUGGCCGAUCCCACUACCGAGCAGACCGAGGAGGAGCUGCCCAAGACAAAGGCGAAGCUCGACGAGCUCACCCAAGCCGCAUCGCUGCAGUACUCGCUCAAGAACUUCUCCGCCGCCGCCGACCACUAUGCCGACGCCGUCGAGAUCCAGGCCGAGCUGAACGGCGAGAUGGCCCCCGACAACGCCGAGCUGCUCUUCUACUACGGGCGCGCGCUGUACAAGGUCGCCGUCGCAAAGAGCGACGUGCUGGGUGCAAAGGGCGCACAAGACGACAAGAAGGCGAAGAAGGCGAAGCAGGCCGCCAAGGAGGCAUCGAGCUCGGCAGCGGAUGCGCAGACAGGCGCCAGGGGUGAAUCGGCGGCGCCGAAGCCCGCGUCCGCAUACUUUCAGCUCACCGGCGACGAGAACUGGGACGACUCGGACGACGGCGACGGCGAGGAGCAGGACGAGGAGGAAGAGGAAGAAGAGGAAGACGACUUUGGCAACGCCUACGAAGUCUUUGAGCUCUCGCGCGUCCUGUACCAGAAGCAGCUCGACGCCAGCACAUCAUCCAACUCGUCCACAGCGCCCGACCCCUGCACAGCGCCCGAAUCCUCCACAGCGCCCGACUCGUCCACAGCGCCCGACUCGUCCACAGCAGCCAAGGGAAAGAGUCCUGCAACAGACAAGGAAAAGGGCCCGGCAACAGACAAGGGCAAGGUGUUGCAGGACCCUGCAACGCUCUCGCCUUCCGAGCGCGCCAUCAAAGAGAAGAUUGCAGACUGCCACGGGUUUCUCGUCGAAAUCUCCCUCGAGAACGAGCGCUUCCACGACGCCGUCGCCGACGCCCGCGCCUCGCUCGCCCUGCAAGAGGAGCUGAACCCCUUCGAGCACGAAAACGUCACCGAGUCGCACUACUCGCUCUCCCUGGCGCUCGAAUUCGCAUCCGUGAGCAAGCUGCGCCAAGACCAGGUCGACGCCGAGCGGCAGCAGGCCGACGCCGAGGCGCACCCCGAAGACGACAAGGACGGCGUGAACUGGGAGCUGAGGAACGAGAGCGCGAAACACACCGACCUCGCCAUCCAGAGUCUGCAGGCACGCCUCAAGAAAGAAGAAGCAGCGCUGACCAGCGCCACACUGACCGACGCGCAGAAAAAGGAGAAGAAGACCGUCAUCGCGGACAAAAAAGCCAUGCUUGAGGAGCUCCACGGCCGCCUAAAAGACCUCAAGCUCGACCCCACAAAGCAAGACUACGACUCAAUCGACCCGUCCGUCGUCCAGGGCCUCUUUGGCAGCCUCCUCGGCGCCGACCCCGCGACCCAGAAAGCAAAGCUCGCAGAGGCGACACACAAAGCAAACGACGUCGGCAGCGUCGUCAGGAAGAAAGUAAAGCCUGCACCUGCACCUGCGCCUGCACCUGCACCUGCGCCUGCACCUGCACCUGCGCCUGGGAAACCGGCUGCAUCCGGCAGCGGCAAGAGAAAGGCCGACGGCGAGGCUGGCGCCAAGCACGGGAAGCGGAGUAGGACUGAGGAGCCACUGUGA